AUGUGGAAGCCACUGGAAAAUAAUCCUGAGAUUUUAGAACCUUACUUGAGAAAACUAGGAAUUUCAAAUGCAAGCGCAUUUGACUUAUUUACGUUGGAUGAAAUUCCUGAAUAUAUUCCUCGUCCUGUAGGAGCACUUUUGUUGGUUCUUCCAUCUCCUGGUAAAUUUGAUAAAUCUCAGAAAGAAUCAAAACUUUUAUCAGCUGAUUCCAAAGAAGUGGUUUGGUUUCCUCAACUUGUAUCCAAUGCCUGUGGUACUGUUGCUUUGAUGCAUGCCAUAGCAAAUGGAAGCCUUUCCAAGAAAAAUAACGAGUCAGAAUUUACAAAUGUUCUUUUAAAAAAUGCUAGAGAACAGACGGCUGACCAAAGAGCAAACAUGUUGAAAGACUCUGAAGCGGUAGCCAAACUUCACGCAGAAUUCGCUGGUGAACCCGAUGACGAAGAAGAAGGAGAUGAAGAAGAUGAAACAGACCUUCAUUACCUUUGCUUUGUCAAGGGAACACAGGCGGACGAUCGCCAUUUUUAUGAACUGGACGGCCGUCGCGAAGGACCAAUUCAACACCCUGAAAUCGAAAACGACGUGUUAGACCCUAAAGUAUUUUCCGUGAUAAAGGGCUACAUAGAAAAGACCAAUUCUCCUUACUUUUCCCUAGUAGCCAUUACGACUACCGGCGACAACUAA